CCAAAGACGCACUGGCGGGAAAAGUAGCAUGCGACAUGCGUAAAAGAGAGUGGGCUGAAACAGACCUGCGAAAAAUACCGGGGUGGAUUGGUUAAAUUGUAUCCAAGGCUUUUGGAAAUCCUUUGCCGUUCGUUGGAAUUUACUCGGGGACCUUGGGCAAUUGUUUAGAUUUGCACCAUUCGUGGACGUUUAUGAAUACCACCAUUGGAGGAUUACAAAGGACGACUUCUCAGGAUACGUUGCAGCCAGUUACAUACAGCUGACUUUUGUUGCGGAUGUGCGUUUCUUUCCACAAGAGCUGCUCAAUCUCGGUGCAACGGAGGACAGAUGACCCGACGGUGAGAAGUUGACAAGAACUGGAGUACCUCUUCCACUCCUGAGAUGCCUGGAGCCAACGCAAUAGCACCUUAUCUUGAGAACUGGGAAAUGGAGUGUGAUCGUUAUCAACAUUAUUUUUACGACAGCCUUGACACGGAAGAAGAUUUCUUUAAAUCCACGGCGCCGAGCGAGGAUAUAUGGAAGAAAUUUGAACUCUUGCCCACCCCACCCAUGUCUCCCACACGGACAGUCGAUGCAGCGGCCGUGCUGCCACCACCCGACAAGCUAGGAUGGGCAUCCAAGCUUUUAACACAAGACGAGGACUUUGAGGAACGCUAUAAAAUCGACUCUAACGACAUUUUUGGAAACCUCAGCUCCAUUAUUAUUCAGGACUGCAUGUGGAGCGGAUUUUCUGCCAGUCAUAGGUUGGAGAAAGUCGUGGGCGAGCGUGCGCUGAUCAAACCGCUGCCCACGCAAACGAGUUCGACCACUGCAAAGGCUACUACCAACACUGUGACCGACACGACCGUCAUCUGUGCGCCGGCGAGAGACUGCGUAAACCCAACGGCUGUCCUCAACAUCCCCUGCAAUAACCUUAAGAGACUGGCUUCCUCGGGGUCGGAGUCUCGUGCUGACUCGUCUGACGAGGAUGAUGACGAGGAGGACGAAGAUGAUGACGAGAUUGACGUGGUGACUGUGGAGAGUCGGCCCAACAGGACGUUGGUCCCUGUCACCAUCACGGUCACCGGGGCGUCCCACGGGCCCGGCACCAAGCGCUUCCACGUGUCUGUGCACCGACAGCAGCACAACUAUGCCGCGCCGUCCCCGGACAGCGAUCACGACGACGAAGACGACGACCUGGAGGAGCAUGUGGAGGACCUUGACCCCGAGGAGGAGGAGGACGACCUGGACGAUAUCCCGUCCAGGAAGCGGCCUCACCUGGAGAGCCAGGAGCACCUGUCCUCCGCCUCCUCCUCGUCCUCCCCGAGCAGCCCUCACAGCUCCGACUCGGAGGAGGUGAGCGUGGGCGACCGGCGACGCAACCACAACUUCAUGGAGCGCAAGCGGCGCAAGGACCUGCGCUCGCGCUUCCUGGCCCUGCGCGACGAGAUCCCCAGCCUGGCCGACUCCAGCAAGACGCCCAAGGUGGUGAUCCUGACCCGAGCCGUGGAGUACCUGCUCCAGCUGCACUCCCGCGAGCACGCCCAGGCGCAGGAGAGGAGGCGUCUGCGGGCCCGCCAACAGCAGCUGCUGAGGAGGCUCAGUUGCCUGAAGAAAGGCAAACCCAUGUCUAGCAACAACACCACCACCACCACCUCCAUCACCACGAACACUUAAGAGGGCACCCACAAAGAUUCUAGAGCGCUGCAUUCUAGAAUCAUGAUGGACAUUCUGGAUGGUUUGGUUCUAGAGUCUUUGGGGGACCACUUUUAGUGACAGCCUCCCCACCUUGACUUGACUAUCCUUGCCAGAGCCGCCAGCCAGCCUCCUUGUCAAACUGCACACUCAUGAUGGAAAACAGAGACGUUGAUGGCUGAGUCAUAAAUCAAAAGAACGAUACCAAAAGUGAAAGUGGGGUCGAGGUGGAAACUGAACAGGGGACCAUUUUGGGGGGGGGAAGCCGUUAUGCACAGGGUUUUGCGACUCUGCUCAUGUCAUGUGGCGAGGUUGCUGGGACACUGGUGGUGUAUGGAAGGUGUAGUCCAUGUUUAUCUGUCUGGCCAUAGUUUAUCGUUCUGAACGGACGGAAUGGCUUUGUUUGCUGUGAACCAUAUAUCUCUUAUAGGCCUUGUUCAAUGGGGUUGAUUAUUCCUGGUUCCAAGUUGGAUUUUUUUUUUUAAUGUGGGAUGCUCAUGUUGGCUGUGUGCUUAUUAGAUCUAAGCUUUGUAUAGAAAUCACUCUGAAACUUGCACAUUUUUUUUCGUUUUGUUUAAAGGAUUUCAUCUGUACAAAUUCCACUGUAAAUACAGAUUCUAUUUGAGGACUACCUCCUGACUGUAUAGAACUACAAGACUACUUAAGAUGGAUAUAUUUUGCUAAAAAAUCACACCGCUCAGGUGUAAAAAAUAAAAGCCACUACCAUUACAA